AUGGACAGCCAGGAUGCGGUGGUUGUCACGGAAACCAAAGUGAAGGAACAAGCCGAUAAUCUCAUGACAGCCAUAGGGAAUGGCAGCUUGUCAAUUUCAAGCAUUCCUGACAUUACCUUAGAAGUUGACACAGACAUGAUGUCAUUUGGCGACUCUAAACUGAUCUGUCAACCAGGCUACAUCCUCAGCAAUGAUAGUUUCUACUGCACUGCGUGUAGUUCUGGAACAUGGUACAAUCAGGACUCAGAAGAUUGUGAUUACUGCCCCAGAGGGAGUUAUCAGGAGCAGCAGGCUGCAGAGUCAUGUAUUGACUGCCCCCCUGGAACCACAACAGCCAAUGAAGGGGCGAAAAACAGCUCAUCUUGUGAAGAGGAAUGCCCAGCCGGAAGGUUUUCCUCCAAUGGCCUCGUCCCCUGCUUCAAAUGCCUUAUUGGCCAGUAUCAAUCGCUGCCUGGCCAGACGUCAUGCCAACCGUGCCCUAGCGAGAAAACAACUCUCAGCUACGGAGCAGAAACCAUCGAUCAGUGCCUCGAUAUCUGUCCACCAGGCAGUUAUUCAGAGACUGGACUGGCUCCCUGCCUUCCAUGUGCACGUCGUUACUACCAGCCCAACAGCCAGAAGAGACGCUGUUUACUGUGUCCUGGAAGGACCACUACGGCGGGCACUGGAUCUACCAGCGUAGAACAGUGUGGUGAUAUGGAGGAUUGUGUGGCUGCGCUGUGCGAGCACCAGGCUACCUGUGUAGACCUGAUUGAGGGUUACCGGUGUGACUGUCCACCAGGCUAUCAAGGAGUCCACUGUGAAGAAGAUGUUAAUGACUGCGUAGAUCACAGAUGCGUCAACGGCGCGACCUGCUUUGAUAGGUUGGUGGGAUAUUCCUGCCAGUGUGGACCAGGAUUCCAAGGCAAAUUUUGCGAGAUGAACAUCGACGAGUGUGCAUCCUCACCAUGCGAGCACGAAGGUGUGUGCAAUGACCACAUUAAUGGAUAUCGCUGCCAGUGUACGUCCAACUACCACGGUGCCCGAUGCGAAUUGGAGAUUAACAGUUGUUCUCCUAGUCCCUGUGGAAAUGGAAGCACCUGCCAAGUUCAUGAUGGGGGGUACCGGUGUGACUGUGCACCGGGAUACAGCGGUACCAACUGCACCUUGGACAUCAAUGAGUGUUCUAGCAGUCCGUGUCUUAACGGAGCUACCUGCCAAGACAGGCCCAACGGCUACACCUGCAUCUGUGCAGUUGGUUACGAAGGCGUGCGUUGUGAGAAUGGCGUGGACUGGUGUGCGGAAUCACCAUGCCACCCCAGCUCCACAUGCUUGAAUAUGGGAUCAACGUUCAGCUGUGUCUGUUCCCUACACCAGUCGGGCGAACUGUGUGACAAGACACCCUGUCAGAACAACGCUACCUUUCGGGCAAGCUCAGACAAUACCUACAGGUGUUAUUGCAUGCCAGGUUUCAGUGGACACAACUGCCACAUUGAUAUCAAUGAAUGCGCGUCAGAUCCUUGCUCCAAUGGAGGCACCUGCGUCGAUAGAUCCAAUGCUUAUCAGUGUGAAUGCCUGCCUGGUUUUGCUGGAGCCACAUGCUCAGUGGACAUUGACGAGUGUUCGUCCAAUCCCUGUGGAGUUGGUAAUGCCUGCGAAGAUGACAUCAACGGCUACGCUUGCAUAUGUCGACCGGGUUUCACUGGUACCCAUUGUGAUGAUCAUAUUGACUACUGCUCACCAUCUGCAUGCCAGCAUGGGGCCACAUGCAGUAAUACAGGUGUUGGGUACCAGUGCACAUGUGCAGCAGGGUUCGCAGGUCAUGACUGUGAGACCAACGUUGACGAGUGCGCCUCCAGACCUUGUCAAAAUGGCGGGGUCUGCGUAGACCUCGACAACGGCUUCAUGUGUUUCUGUCUGGCAGGAUUUAAGGGACAACUGUGUGAGGUCAGCAUAAGUAGCUGCUCCUGGAGUGGUGGACCCUGCGAUGUGGACAUCAAUGGAUGUCAGAGCCAGCCAUGCCAGCAUAAAGCAUUGUGCAUAGAUGACAUUGAUGGUUACCAGUGUGUUUGCCUACCGGGAUACACAGGGGUCCACUGUGAAAUUGAACUGUCGGCGGACUUUGACCUGGUGUUCUCCAGCUGGAUGCCCUCUAACCUCAUCCAGGUCAGAGAGAUCAGUGGCAUGACCUCUGCUGACCUCUCUGAACUCUCCUUGGCACUGUGGUUCAAGUCGUCUGCUUGCACUAGCGGCAUCGUCAUGGUGAAGUUGUCCAGCGGGCUAGCAACCAUAGUCGAAGUCAGAAAUCCGUGCAGCCUUCGAGUAAUACUUCAAGGCUCUCAUGCCGCUGUUGGGAACCAGUGGAAUUUCUGUGACGGACGAUGGCACAACCUUGUGCUGGUUUUGAAAUAUCGGACAACCUUGGAGUGGAAGUUGUACAUGGACCAGUCGCCAGCAGCUAAGGGCACUGUGUUGAGUGUCACAACAAGCAUUCCGAGUGGUUUGGCACUAAUGAUUGGCCAUGGAGCAGACUCUAAGACUGGUCCACACAAUUGCCAGUUCAGGCUGACAGGCCUCAACAUAUGGCAGGUUGCCCUGCAUGAAUCUAAGGUGCCAGACAUUGCUUCCAAUUGCAUUCCGUUCCAACCUGGCAAUGCCUUUGCUUGGAGUGAAAUGAUGACUCUGCCAGGGGCUAACAUCACGCGUACAUUGAGGGCGCCAUCAAUGUGCGACAAUGAGUAAAAAUCUGUAAUUGCCUCACAGACAUUGAUAGCAGGCUAGAUCGAUUUCACACAAAUUGAUACCUGCGGACACAGAUUUUCUAGGAGUGAAUUUGCUUGUACAUGUAAUGAUCGGUCAUUGGCUGUAAUAAUUUACAAGUAAACAUCCUUUGUUGAAAGACCAGGGCCCAGUGUUAUGCUAUUAGAAUAUUGGGAUAAGUUGAACGAUAGAUUUUCCUUGGUAACCAGUGUACACAAUUUUUCCUGAGUACCAACCACUAUCGACCAAUGGUUGACAAACACUCAUCAUUCAAAUUUGCCCAAUACAACGUCACGUAGAGUAAAGAUAAUCAACAAUACAGAGAUGAUCAAUACGAACGAGGGUGUCACCCAGAGAAGGAUUAACCUCUGUAAGGGAAAACCCAUGGCUGUUGUCAACAAUUAAAUUAA